CUUCAGUAGAACGACUGUGGAGUAGCAUGGGAUUUUUUCAUUCAAAAAAUCAAAAUAGAUUGGAGUUCACUAGAGUCUUAGAAAUGGCAAAAUUGAAGGCUGGCAUUACAUAUAAUCGACUUCUUCAACAAGAACUUUCUUUAUCAAAUAAAGAAAUAAAUUUAGAAGAACAGAAUAGCAUUGAAAGAGAAAUGAUAUUGGAAGCCGAAUCUUCAAAUGUAAAUACUAACUUAAAUGAAGAAAGUUAUUUGGGUGAACAAAAUGAUGAACAGGAUAAUAAUAGUUUAGAAGAAGAUGUAAUUGCACAGUUUAAUAAUAAUUUGGGUGAGUGGAUAGAAAUUCUUCAAGAAGAAGAAAAUGAAUCUCUAAAUGAGCUUAUAAACAUUGAAGAUGAUGAAUUUUAUAACUUAGAUGUUCAAAGUAUUGAUCAUCCAGCAACAAGCUCCGAUGGGAAAUGGAAAUUGGAAGUUAUAUUAAAAAACGAUAUACAUUGUCCUUUUUAA